AUGGCAACCCUUGCUGCUCACUUCGAGCAGCCUGACGGACGCAGGUCAGCCUCCACCUCGUCUCCGACUCCUCAUCCUUACAUGGUAGAUAGCAACGGCCGUCCCGCAUCUGCCUCGCAGAAAUCGCAGCCUCAGCAUCAGUAUGCGUUCCCGCAAGUCUCAAAUUCAUCCACACUCUUUCGCAGCAUCAGCUCUGCUGGCCACCCUCGAAACAAUACCGAAUCCUUGCACAACUCGCUUUCCACGCUAGACGCUGACGUGGAUACUCCACAGCUCGUCACCGAGCCCGAAGACGAGGACGAUGCAUCGACAGCCAGCGGAAAGCGUCACGGCGCGCUUCUGGUCGAGGAAGUGAAUGAGUGGAUGCUCCAACACUCGUUCUUUCAUUGGGGCCUCAAACGUCACAUCACCCACGGCAACCCUAAACCUAGAGACGAGAGAGACCUUCCAGAUUGGCGCAUGCGUGAACGCUUGCGCACCGUCACCGCUGCUCUCGUCAUGUGUCUCAACAUCGGCGUCGAUCCUCCAGAUGUGUCCAAGACCAACCCCUGCUCGAAGCUCAUCUGUUGGAUGGACCCAAGCUCCCUCGAAGUGUCCAAGGCGCUGCCGGCCAUCGGUCGCAACCUGCAAGCCCAGUUCGAAACGCUUAGCACCAAGACGCGCUACAAGCAAUAUCUCGAUCCCAUCGUGGAAGAGACACGGCGAUUCUGCACCACCUUGCGGAGAGCCGCCAAGGACGAGCGAGUGCUUUUCUACUACAACGGAUACGGCGUACCGAAGCCGACGCCAGGCGGCGAGAUCUGGGUCUUCAACAAGGCUUACACGCAGUACAUCCCAGUCACUCUGCACGACCUUCUCACAUGGCUCGGCAGCCCGUGCAUCUUCGUAUGGGAUGCCAGCUCUGCCGGCAAUGUCGUCGUCAACUUCAAGCGUUUGCAGGAGCGCAAAGCAGAAGAGGAGGCUACGCGGUCCAACCGGGACAGGGAAGGGCACAACCGCUCUGGCGACCGCGACCGAAGCAAGGCAGGCGCCGAUGCAUCGGCUUCAGCAGGCAAAUCGGGUGCGCAAUCUUCUUCUGCCGAAGAGCCGCACUUUCCCCUGCGUGAGUCGAUUCAUCUAGCUGCGUGCGGUCCAGACGAGGUGCUCCCCAUGAACCCAGACCUUCCAGCCGACCUCUUCACUUGCUGUCUCACAUCUCCUAUCGAGAUUUCGUUGCGAUGGUUCGUGCUUCAGAAUCCGCUACCGUCCAAACUCAACGUCGACAUGGUCAUGAACAUUCCUGGUCGACUCCAGGAUCGAAGGACGCCCCUCGGCGAACUCAACUGGAUCUUCACAGCCAUCACCGACACCAUUGCAUGGACCGUCCUUCCACGCACCAUCUUUCGCCGUCUGUUCCGUGACGAUCUCAUGGUAGCCGCGCUCCUCCGCAACUUUUUGCUAGCGGAACGCAUCAUGCGCUUCUAUCAUUGCACGCCCAUGAGUCACCCGAAACUUCCCCCAACACACAAUCAUCCGCUCUGGGAUAGCUGGGACUUGGCCGUCGAUCAAUGCCUCGCCCAGCUGCCCACGUUGCUCGCCAAGGAGCGCGCACAGGCUGAAGCUGCCGAGGGCGGUCCACCCGUGCCCCCGCAUCUUGCUUCGUUCGAGUACCGCCACAGCACGUUCUUCAGCGAGCAGUUGAAAGCGUUCGAGGUCUGGCUCCAGCAAGGUGGAGUCAGUCGAAAGGGACGAAGACGCCGCGUCAACGCAGCAAUCACCCCGCACGGUAAUCCUUCUGCGGGACUCUCAUCUGCUGCAACUGGCGCCGAUCCAGAAGCAUUCGACGAUGACGGAGACGCCAGCCCAGUGCGCGAACCGCCGGAUCAGCUUCCCAUCGUCUUGCAGGUGCUGCUGUCUCAAGCUCAUCGGUUGCGAGCGCUCAUUCUGCUCAGCCAGUUCCUCGACCUGGGUCCUUGGGCGGUCAACAUGGCGCUUAGCAUCGGUAUCUUCCCAUACGUACUCAAGCUUCUGCAAAGUCCAGCUGCCGACCUGAAGCCCGUUCUCAUUUACAUCUGGGCGCGCAUUCUCGCCGUCGAUCGCAGCUGUCAGAACGAUUUGCUCCGAGAUAACGGCUUCAUCUACUUUGCUGGCGUGCUGAGUCCUUUCCAGAACAACAAUGUCGGUCAGAACGCCGGCGCCAACGGUCCGUCGAUCCCGAUACCCAACGUCUCCGAGCACCAGGCCAUGUGCGCCUUCAUCCUCGCUGUCUUUUGCCAGGACUUUCCCGCCGGUCAGGCUGCCUGCCUCGAGACUGACGUCAUGCAUUCGUGUCUGGAGCAUCUUGAGGACGACGAUUUCUUGCUUCGUCAAUGGAGUGCACUCUGUCUCGCCCAAUUGUGGGACGACAAUGAGGCGGGCAAGGCUCGAGCCAUCUCUCUCGACGCGCAUGGAAAGCUCUGCUGCAUGCUUGGCGACGUAUCACCCGAGGUGCGUGCUGCCGUCCUCUACGCUCUUGGCACUCUGCUCGGUGCGAGCGGGUCCAGCCAGGACCAAGUCGACGUCGUCUCAUAUGCUUCCGGGGAGCCACUGCCCAUCUCGAGUGCCAAUCGGCUCGCUACGUCGAGACGCUUUUGCCCUGGCACUGGUGCCGCCACGGGCCUUCCGCCCGCCAAGCAACGAAGCCUCGAGAUCGGAAUCGCUAUCGCCUUGCUCACAACCAAGGGAGACUGCAGCCCGCUCGUCCGUAAGGAGCUCGUCAUUGCGCUCAGCCCUCUGGUGGCUGAGUACAAGGGCUUCUUUGUUCUUGCGGCUUACCUGUACUAUUCAAGGGAAGGCAGCUUGAAAAAGCCGCCAUCGCAACGGGAUCAGAAGUCAGCGACCAGCCGCAACAAGGCUGCACAAUCGUCAGAUGAACGCGAUCGACGAGCAUCGCUAGCGUCGCUGGGGUCGAUGGGUCGAGGCGCGUCCAGCAACAGUGUAUCAGGGUCGUCGACAAGUGCACUUGCGAACGAGGAGGCGCUGCUUGCGCGUCUUGCGUCCAAGCUUUUGAUCGAGGAAGAGAUCGAGGAGGAAGAUAUUGCCAACAUUCCAGCGUUCACGACGAUCUUCGUGGCUCUGCUCGAUCUCGGUGUCGACUCGAACCCGGAAGUGGCUAACCUAGCAUGCACCGUGGUGGACUUUGUCAUUGCGCUCCUGCUCGAGAGCGAUGUGUCCAAUGCAGGCGAAAGCGUGCUGCGAGGUCUUGGAACGCAGGAAACCAUUUCGCGGUUCACGACGCCCACCAGCACCGACGCCGGUCUCGAGGGCUACUUCCCACUCACGCCUCGCUCUACGGGAACGACACCAGGCUCGUCCGAUGAGAUGUCGACGUCCCAAAUUGCAGCUCUGAACGGAGCAUACGUUCCGCCAUCUGGCUUCGGCACGGGUGGCUCUGGGCCCGCUCGGCCAGGUCAAGUGGUACGUGCACAAUCUCACGCAGCACCCAAACGCACAUCGACGCUGGCUCAAGCCGUCAAGACGCUAGCCACCCUAGGCUACUCAAGGCCGGUGUCGCCAGUGGGGUCGGACCACGACACCUCGGGUCGACCUCUAUAUGGAGAAGCAGGUCCUUCGGGCAUCCCGCCACCCGGCCCCGCCGUACUCGCACCGCGUCGUAGCCCCGGCAACAAAGCGCCUGCGGCUCAGUACAGCUCGCCGUACCUGUCAAAGGGCGGUGCAGGUGGUUCGAUCACCCCACAGCACGAAGCGCCCUCCACUUUGUCGAUGCCGUCGUCGCCACUGAAUUCGGCUGCCAAGCUUGGCAACCGCUCGCAGAGCGCCGAAAGCCUAUCCUACGUCAACGGAAGAGCCGAGCGAAGGAAGCUGUCGGCAAGCACCAGCGGCUUUACGCCGGCUCAGCAGUACAUCAACGGCAACGGCAACGGUAGUCUGCACGACAGCAGCAUCGAACAAGCCAUCACCGGUGUACACGACCAGCAGCGCUUCUAUGGCGAGGAAUUGCACAAAGACCCGCAUGUCGCAGUCGAUGAUCACGUCAAGGUCGGUGAUGCGCUCGCCGGUCUCAUCGCCAUGGACAUGUACCGCUUCCGCUUACGGUUCACGGGCAGUGCCGAAGGCUCGACGCAGAACACGCCUGCGUCCUCCCCCGCUGUGAGUCGCGCCAAUCGAUGGGGCUUUGUGCCAACACCAGGGAGCAGCGGUGUCAGCACGCCAUCAGGCUCGGUGGGCUCGGGCGGUGCAAGCAACGAGCUUCGCGAGACCUUGCCGCUCAAGAGUCGCCUUUUUGCUUGGUGCAGCGAAUAUUACAUUGAGCCGCAGAUGAAGCAGGCCGAGAGCGAGGAGCCGGGCAGCCUCAAGUACAACGUACAGCACUGGAAGAAGCAGCGCAACAGCCGGCUCAUCGAGCACUCUCUCGAAAUCGCCGAUGCUGCUGCGCAGUCGGCGUGGUCAGAGCACGGAGGCUACAUCCGCAACGGCGCCGUGCCGCAUCUGAUGCUGUUCCAUCAGUACGAGAACCAUUUGGUCACGGCAAGUGACCAGGACACGGUGGCGGUGUGGGACUGGGAAGAGAAACGACUGCUCAGUCGAUUUGCCAAUGGCAAUCCGGCCAGGACCAACAUCACCUCGGCAUUGUUCAUCAACGAAGACAGCGAUGCCAUGCUGCUGGUGGGAUCUGCGGAGGGCAACGUGCGCAUCUACAGGCACUACGACUCGCCUGCGCACACGGCGGGCUUCCGAGGUCCCGAGCUUGCGUCGAGCUUCCAGGCUCUUCCGGACUUGGUGAGAAGCAAGCGACCCAGCGGAUUGGUGGUGGACUGGCUGCAAGGAUCGGGACAUAUGCUCGCUGGUGGCGACAGCCGGGUGAUUCGAGUUUGGGACGCGCAUCGCGAGCUGUGUGUGGUGGACAUCCCCACUCGAGCUUCGAGCUGCGUGACGUCGAUCUCUUCCGAAUCCGACUUUGGCCACCUGUUCGUUGCCGGAUUUGGCGACGGUACGGUUGGCGUGUACGAUCGCCGCAAUCCGCCCGAGGCGAGCCUGGUGCGGCUGUGGGAGGAGCACCAGACGUGGGUGCAAAACGUGCAUCUGCAGAAACGCGGUUCGCGGGAACUGGUCACCGCCAGCGUGGACGGCGAGGUGCGGUUGUGGGAUAUGCGCGUACGCUCGUCGAUCGCCAAGUUGAGUCUGGGUGGCAAGUUGGGUGGCAAGUUGUCGUGCAUGGCGGUGCACGAGCGGAUUCCGCUUUUUGCGGUCAGUUCGUCUCCCAAGCCGCUUCGACCGACGGCUUCGCCUCAGAUGGUGCUGCUGACGCAUCUCGAGACGCUUUCGGUGCUGGGCAAGCCGAUCGUUCGCAACUUUGCGCCGAUGGGAUCCACUCAGCACCUCGGCAACAGCACACUGCUCUACCCGCCGGAAGCGGUGAAUUCGGGCGUGCACCACCAUCACCAUCUGCAUCACUCGCAUCAUCUUGGGGAGGCGCAUCAUCACCAUCCUGCGGGAAUGGGUGGCAGCGGAAUGCUGUCGUCGCAGCACUCUGGCUUCUCGGGUGGUCACAGUGGUGUUGUCGGUGCGGGAGGAGCGGGUGGAAGCGGCGGAGGAGGUGGAUCGCAUCACGGACCGCAGCUGAACCCGACGAAUCCGUUGCAUACGCUGUUGCCGCCGGCGACGGAGGUCCCGCCUUCGAGCUUUACGCCGGCGGCGGGAAGUAUGGCUUUCCACCCUCAUCUGCCUAUCUUGGCGUUCGGUGGUCCGGAUUCGAUGAUCGAGCUGAGGGAGUGGCCUGAUGCCAGUUGA